AGCGCGUUCCACGCCGUGCUGGGCGGCGCGCUGGCGCUGUACGGCAGCCUGCUCGCGAGGGAUCCGGCGGUCGUGCCGGCCUCGGAGGAGGCGGACGAGCCGCGCGAUCCGACCGCGUAUUGGCUCGCCGCGCUCGACGUGUUCGAGACGGGCGACGCGCUGCCCCCGGCGAGCGGCGGCGAUACUUCCCGGCCUGCGCAAGACUGGCGGCUCGCCAUCGCGUGGGGUCACACCCUCGUCUCCCUCGCGUCUCAUCGACUAUCUCAGCCGUCGCCGCCGUCGCCGUCGUCACCGAGCGGACCACCGUCAUCGCCGCGGCCGUACUCGCAUCGGACGGAACGGGGGCUGAUGCCGCAGCCCACCUUCGCACGACGCGGGUCGCUCUCCCAGACGAGCACGAACGAACUGCUCACGCUCGCCGCGGACCAGUACUCGCGCGGGAUCAUGCACAUGCCGCGCCCGAAGCGGGCCGCGCGCACGUCCUACUUUUCGCCCGUGCAGCUGAUGAGGAUCGCGGAGGGCGUGGUGGGCGUGGCGGAGAGGAUGGAGGAGAGGGGGGAGAGGCGGUAUUGGGCGCGGUGGGCGGACGGGAUGUUGAGCCAGGUGCGG